UUAACCCAGAGGGGUCAGGACGAACUCUCAGAGUCCCAGCAGCCCACACACUAUGGCGCACGUCCGAGGCCUGUGGCUACCUGGCUGCCUGGCUCUGGCUGCCCUGUUUAGCCUUGUGCACAGCCAGCAUGUGUUCCUGGCCCCUCAGCAAGCACUGUCGCUGCUCCAGCGGGUCCGACGCGCCAACAGUGGCUUCCUGGAGGAGGUGCGCAAGGGCAACCUGGAGCGGGAGUGCAUAGAGGAGCAGUGCAGCCGCGAGGAGGCCUCAGAGGCCCUGGAGUCCUCCAGCGCCACGGAUGCGUUCUGGACCAAGUACACAGCUUGUGAGUCGGUGAGGAUACCUCGAGAAGAUCUCGUUGAAUGUCUGGAAGGUAACUGUGCUGAAGGUCUGGGUGUGAACUACCGAGGGAACGUGAGCUUCACCCGGUCAGGCAUCGAGUGCCAGCUGUGGAGGAGUCGCUACCCACAUAAGCCUGAAAUCAACUCCACCACACACCCUGAGGCCGAACUGCAGGAGAAUUUCUGCCGCAACCCAGAUGGCAGCACCACGGGGCCCUGGUGCUACACCACAGACCCCACCGUGCGGAGGGAAGAGUGCAGCGUCCCUGUGUGUGGCAAGGGCGGCUUCACUGUGGAGCUGACCCCACGCGCCAGAGGCCCCACGGGCAGUCUGUCACCUCCAUCGGAGCCGUGCGUCCCUGAUCGUGGCCGGCAGUACCAGGGUCGCCUGGCGGUGACCACACAUGGGACCCCCUGUCUGGCCUGGGCCAGCAAGCAGGCCAAGGCCCUGAGCAAGCACGAGGACUUCAGCCCCAUGGUGCCACUGGAGGAGAACUUCUGCCGCAACCCAGACGGGGAUGAGGAGGGCGCAUGGUGUUACGUGGCCGACCAGCCUGGUGACUUCGAGUACUGCCACCUCAACUACUGCGAGGAGUUGGUGGACGAGGAGGCGGGAGACCAGCUGGGCGAGGACCCGGACAGGCCUAUCGAGGGACGCACCACCGACCAGGACUUCCAGCCCUUCUUUGAUGAGAAGACCUUCGGCUCUGGGGAGGCAGACUGUGGGCUGCGGCCUCUGUUCGAGAAGAGGUCGGUGCAGGACAAGACGGAAAAGGAGCUUCUCGAUUCCUACAUCCAUGGGCGCAUCGUGGAGGGCCGUGACGCCGAGAUUGGCCUUGCACCCUGGCAGGUGAUGAUUUUCCGGAAGAGUCCUCAGGAGCUGCUGUGCGGGGCCAGCCUUAUCAGUGACCGCUGGGUCCUCACCGCUGCCCACUGUCUCCUGUACCCGCCUUGGGACAAGAACUUCACUGAGAGCGACCUUCUGGUGCGCAUUGGCAAGCACUCCCGCACCAGGUAUGAGCGAAGUGUUGAAAAGAUCUCCAUGCUGGAGAAGAUAUACAUCCACCCCAGGUACAACUGGAAGGAGAACCUGGACCGGGACAUCGCCCUGCUGAGGCUCAGGAAGCCCAUCACCUUCAGUGACUACAUCCAGCCUGUGUGCCUGCCCGACAAGGAGACGGCAGCCAGUUUGCUACAGUCUGGACACAAAGGCCGGGUGACGGGCUGGGGCAACCUCAAGGAGACGUGGACGGGCAGCGUCGCCGAGGUGCAGCCCAGCGUCCUGCAGGUGGUAAACUUGCCCAUCGUGGAGCGGCCAGUCUGCAAGGCCUCCACCCGCAUCCCCAUCACUGACAACAUGUUCUGUGCUGGUUACAAGCCUGAAGAAAGGAAACGAGGGGAUGCUUGUGAGGGCGACAGUGGGGGACCCUUUGUCAUGAAGAGCCCCUAUAACAACCGCUGGUAUCAAAUGGGCAUCGUCUCGUGGGGUGAAGGCUGUGACAGGGAUGGAAAAUAUGGCUUCUACACACAUGUCUUCCGCCUGAAGAAGUGGAUAAAGAAGGUCAUUGGUCAGUCUGGAAGUUAGAGGGCUACCCACAUUCUAGGCUCCUCACUGCAAAAUGACAGAAACCAAUCCAAAGAAUUAUUUUUGUGGUUUGUUCUUAAAACUAUAGUUCUCAAUAAAAGUGACUUUCUCAAUGAGCCUCAA